AUGGAACGAAAGAUAGAAAGAUUAAGUGAUACCAAAAAAAUGGAAACUGAGAAAAGGACUAAUUGCUUUUUGGAUAUCUUGCUGGACUUGCAAGAGCAAAAUGAUUUUACUGACGAGGAUAUACGAGAGGAAGUAGAAACUUUUAUUUUGGGAUUUAUGGUAUUCUGGUUGGGUCAUAGAGAGAAACUUCAGGAAAAGUUACGAACAGAAAUGCGGGAAAUAUUCAAUAGUGAUAUUGGGCGGGAUGUGACUCUAGACGAUAUGACAAAAAUGCGUUAUGCGGAGUCAUGUAUUCGUGAAACUAUGCGUCUUCUUCCCACUGUUCCAGUACGUUCCUACGAUUUCAUUAGAAUUUGUCAUUUAGAUAAUUGGUCGUGUGAUUACAGAACCCACAGAAAUAGGCAAGUAAAUUAUAAAGACAAACAUAACUAUGAGUUUAUAUAG